UCCUCAGUAGCUCAGCGGUAGAGCGGUCGGCUGUUAACCGAUUGGUCGUAGGUUCGAAUCCUACUUGGGGAG